AUGGAGGAGGUGCUGCUGCACCUGGAGAGUCUGGAGAAGAAGACGAAAAAGGCAGGAGAUGCGUCUUCUGGCCUUAUGGCAGAUCUGCUGCCGGUGGGCAGCUCCCGUGUAGGCGAAGUCGAGGCUCACUUCCCCGCCUUGCAAGACGAUGCCACCCACCCCUUGCCCCUUUCCGUGGUCGACACCUACUUCGACCUCUCCAACGCGUUUCUCUCCGACACCGAACGCACCUACGAUCGCCGUGCGAAGGCGGGCGACGAGGCGACGGAGGAGAAGUACGCGCGGAUGUGGGCGCGCCCGAUGGAACGCGCUCCGUUCCACCUGGAGCCCUCGCGGCCCCACACCACCAUCAAGGUCGCCACCGACAAGCUCGGCUCUGCUGGCCGCAUGUGGAAGGAGGUGCCUGUGCUCGAGACGGACACCAAGGCCACCAACUCGACGUCGCUCCUGCGCGCUCCGGCCAGCAUCUCCGACUUCACGAAGGGCAGCUCCUCCAACUUCCCCUUCAUGCCGGGUGGUAUGGAGAGGGAGGAGCCUGUGCCGCGGCCCGCCGACCACCAGGGCGAGGCCGCCGCGGAGACGACGUUCGAUCUCGACGUGGUCAAGCUCCUCAGCGACGCCCUCAACGGCGCCAACCUGUACACCGUGGCGCCGGGGCUCGAUCGCGGGCUCAACUUCGAUUCGUCGGUGAGCACUUCGUUCUCCAAGAUCCUCCAAGACAACGUCAAGGCGGCUGAGGCGGCGGAGGAGAAGAUCAUGGCCGACGCGCAGGCCUCGGCGGGCGCCCUGCAGUCCGAGCCGGUGGAGGAGGCGCCCGCGGGCCAGGGCCUCAUCUCGUUCGCCGACAUCUUCGUCGAUGACGGCAUCGAUCCCUUCCGCAAAGCUCCCGGUGGAGAGGAGGAGGAAUCGGAGGAAGAAUCGGAGGAGGGCGAAGAAGAGGAAGAGGAAGAACAAGGAAAAGAAGGAAAAGGAAAAGAGAAAAAGGACGAAGCGGCCAAGGCCAAGGCGCCGGCCGCCGCCGCCGCAGGCGACGAAGAAGCCGACGUGGACCAUUUGCUGGGCGAAGACGACCUGCUUUCGGUGCUCCGGCGCCCCACGGGUGCCCCGAGGAAGCGCAAGGACGAAUGGGCCAUCAUGGACAACAGCGACGUCUCCAACUUCGAAGAGAUCGUACCCGAGAUGGCGCUCGAGUAUCCGUUCGAUUUGGACGUGUUCCAGAAGCGGGCGGUGUGCCACCUCGAAAACGGGGAGAGCGUGUUUGUGGCGGCCCACACGUCCGCCGGUAAGACCGUGGUGGCCGAGUAUGCCAUCGCCCUCGCCUCCAAGCACAUGACCCGAACGAUCUACACGUCGCCCAUCAAGGCGCUGUCCAACCAAAAGUACCGGGACUUCAAGGAAACCUUUGGCGACGUGGGUCUCAUCACCGGCGACGUCUCCAUCAAGCCCGAGGCCUCCUGCCUCAUCCUCACCACCGAGAUCCUUCGGUCUAUGCUCUAUCGCGGCGCUGAUCUCAUCCGAGACGUGGAGUGGGUCAUCUUCGAUGAGGUCCACUACGUCAACGACAUCGAGCGCGGAGUGGUGUGGGAGGAAGUGAUCAUCAUGUUGCCCGAUCACGUCAACCUCAUCCUGCUAUCCGCCACCGUGCCCAACACCCUCGAAUUCGCCGACUGGAUCGGGCGGACGAAGAAGAAGAACAUUUUCGUGAUCACGACCAACAAGCGGCCGGUGCCGCUGGAGCACUACCUGUGGGUGAGCAACGAGCGGUACAAGAUCGUCGACAACCGGUCCAACUUCCUCAUGGGCGGCUACCAGUCCGCCAUGCAGGCGGCCAAGCAGAAGCAGACCAAGUCCGCGGGUGCUACGGCCAAGGCCGCACGAGCCAGCGGCGUCAAGCAGCAACGCACGAAAUGGGUGAAGAUGAUCGACCAACUGCGCGUGAAGGGACUCCUGCCCGUCGUCGUCUUCGCCUUCUCCAAGAAGAAGUGCGAGGAUGUGGCCCACGGGCUGACGAGCACGGAUCUGACGACGUCGGUGGAGAAGCACGAGAUCCACGUCUUCAUGGAGGCCGCGCUCGACCGCCUCAAGGGUCCCGACCGUAAGCUGCCGCAAGUCCUGCGCAUCAAGGACCUCCUCAAGCGCGGUAUCGGCGUUCACCACGGCGGCCUCCUCCCCAUCAUCAAAGAGAUGGUUGAGAUUCUGUUCGGCCGCGGCAAGAUCAAGGUCCUGUUCGCCACGGAGACCUUUGCCAUGGGCGUCAACAUGCCCGCCCGCACCGUCGUCUUCGAGAACGUACAGAAGCACGACGGACGCGCCUUCCGCGAACUCCACGCCGGAAGGCGUGGUCUCGACACCGUGGGCACGGUCAUCAUCAUGACCAAGGAGGACAAGUUCCCUCCGUCGGCGGGGCUCCAGACGAUGAUCCUGGGCAAGCCCCAGAAGCUCGAGUCGCAGUUCCGCCUCACCUACAACAUGAUCCUGAACCUGCUGCGUGUGGAGGACUUCAAGGUGGAGGACAUGAUGAAGCGCUCCUUCUCCGAGUUCUUCACCCAGCGAACGCUGCCCCAGCAACGCCAGAAACUGAUCCUCGACGAGGCGAAGCUGUCGGGGCUGCAGGACCUGGAGUGCCUGUUCGGCGAGCCGGACAUCGAGAACUACUACCAGCUGGCCUCCCAGAAGAAGCAGCUCGACGCCGAGUGCCAGAGAACCAUCAUGGCCUCCAAGGUCGCCCAAGCGGCGUUGGGUGCGGGGAGGGUGGUGUGGAUCUCGACGGCCAAGUACCCCAUCAACACCGUGGCCCUCAUCAUCGGCUCCAAAAAGGCCCCCGCCGCCCCCAAGAGCACCGCCGCCGCCUCGCGCGACGCCUUCUUCGAAGACACCCCGGCCGAGCCCGUGGUGCCGGAGAAGAUCUUCCGGGUGCUGGUGGUGCCCGACGCCGGCAACGACCUCUACGCGAGCGCGGGCGGCGUGCCGAUGGCGGAGGCGAUCGAGGUGACGCAGUCGGAGAUCGUGGAGAUCACCAGCCAGCGGCUCAAGGUCGAGGCCGGCAAGCUCGCGCCGCCGGGGCUCGACAAGAAGGAGCUGGCCUCGGUCACCCAGCAGCUCAUCCGCCUCCAGGAGAGCUCCGUCGUCGUCGCGCCCGUACCCGCCGGCAAGGGCGGCCCCGCUCCCAAGGGCAAGAAGGGUGGUGGCGGUGGCGGUGGCGGUGGUGGCGCGGACAAGCCGCUGGAGACGCUGCAUCCGGUCCGCGAUUUCAAGAUCAACGACCUCGAGUUCGCCGACAAGUGGAUGCGCCGGGAGCGGAUGCUGGAGCGGAUGAAGCAGUCCAAGUGCCACACGUGUCCCAAGCUCAAGGAGCAGUACGUGGCGAUGGAGCAGCGCCAGAAGCUGGUCGACGAGAUCUCCGAGCUGCGGCGCAACCUCUCCAACGAGAACCUCCAGCUCAUGCCCGAGUUCCAGCAGCGCGUGUCCGUCCUGCGCUUCCUCAACUACGUCGACGACAACAACGCCGUUCAGCUCAAGGGCCGCGUCGCUCGCGAGAUCAACACGGUGAAGGACGAGCUGAUCGCGACGGAGCUGAUCUUUGAGAACGCACUCACGGAGCUACCGGCGGAGGAGAUCAUCGCCCUCUUCUCGGCCCUCGUCUUCGAACUCAAGACCGACGUCGAGGUCAAGCUCGGCGGCACCCUCGAAGAAGGGCGCUUGAAAAUGCUGGAGAUCGGAGAGCGGCUGUUCGACAUCCAGACCGAGUGCGGCCUGGAUCUCAGCAGGCACGACUACCUCAAAAAUCUCAACUUCGGCCUCGUCGAGGUCGUCUACGAGUGGGCUCGCGGCAUGCCGUUUGCGGACAUUACGGGGCUGACGGACGUGGCCGAGGGUUCGAUCGUGCGUACGAUUGUGCGGUUGGACGAGACGUGCAAGGAGAUCAAGAACGCGGCGCGCAUCAUCGGCGACUCGCGCCUCUACGUCAAGAUGGAGGAGGCCUCCCGCCUCGUCAAGCGCGACAUCGUCUUCGCCUCCUCCCUCUACUACGACAAAUGA